AUGUGCAAAGGCGUUAAAGUUCGUUCAAUAAAAUCGCAUGCAGUAUCUGAUACACAACCUAUGAUACGACGUGGCACGGACGAUGAUCGUUAUAUAAUGAACGAAAUCUCAACGUUUCUCGUUCUCGAAAUAUCUUCAACUUACCAAAUGAUUUCCUUUCGCUUGCCAGAAUUACCUUCAGAUUAUUUAGAACCUUCUGUAACCAAUGAAUCUCAUGAUACGAUCAUAGAAAUCAAUGAUCGAGCGUCCGAGGAUAUCAAGAUUUUCGAUGCGCAUUCGAGCGUGCUUUGCAGAAGAUGCGAAUAUUUCAAGGUCGCUUUAUCGGAAAAUUGGGCAAGAAAAGUUGAUGAUAAGUUUAGACUAAGAUUGGAAGUUUCAUCCGAAGCGUUUAAAAUAAUAUUAAGAGGAAUUUGUAGCGGAACGAUUAAUUUGAAAAAAACGAACACGAGUAUUUUGAUGGAGUUAAUGCUGGCAUCUGAUAUUCUUCUCCUCCAUGAAUUUUUCAACUAUUUAAGAUCCAAAUUAGAUGAAAAAAGGAAUGAAAAAAAGGAAUGGUGUGAUGAAGAUAUUGUUUCUAUAUUAAGAAUUUCUUAUCGAAUUCCAUCCGCUCAAGAUCUCUAUUUAUACUGCCAAGAUCAAUUUGUUGAGAGACCGAUGAUUUUAUUUGGGUCUCCGGAGUUUCUAUCGAUUGAUGAGGAAUUAUUGUUACGUAUUUUAAAGUUAGACGUGAUUUUCUUGCCAGAGAUAAUGCUAUUUAAUAAAUUAAUUGAGUGGGGUAUUGCAAACACCCCCGAUUCAUAUCUCAUCGAUGAUUUGGGAGUUACUAUAAAGGAUGGAUUGCAAUUGAUUCGAUUUUAUAACAUGAGUAUAGAAGAAAGAAAUGCAACUCUCAAAUUUGAAAACAUAUUGCCAUCACUGGAAGUUCAAUUUCAAAUCCCGCCUCGCAUCAAUUCACCUGUUGAACCAAAGAUUCUGAGUAGUAGAUUUGUCGGAUUAAUUGCGACAUGGAUUGACAGAAAGGAUCCCAAGAAAGAUUCAUACACGGGAUAUAAUCAUCCAUUCGAAAUUAGACACAAAUUUCGUAUGAACGAUCGGACGACCUUUUAUGAAGAACAUCACAACUACUACAAUAAAUCUUCAAAUAGAAUCUUACCAACAAUGAAAUGUCACCACGGACCUUCACUGAUGAUAAUGAAACUUAAAAUUUCAGGAAAAAUAAUUGGUGCUUACAAUCCCGUUGAUUGGAAGGGGGAUCUAACAAAGAAAGCGAAUGCCUGUGCAACCGAAAGCUUUAUCUUUUCUUGUGAUGAUAGGUAUGGAACGAACAUUCGGUUUAGCAGAGUUCGUGACUUUGAACACGCAAUGAGUUUAAAGAACGUGAAACCCAGUGGCGUAUUAUUAAAAUUUGGUGAAGAUUUAACAUUUGAAUAUUUGUAUAAAACUGUCAGUUGUUAUAUUAAAAACGAAUCUUAUGAGUCAACAAUAUUAGAAGAGGGUAGGUAUGGAAUUGAAAGUUGGGACAUUUAUAGAGUCAGAAGAAUAGAUGGUGAUCCAUCAAUGGUAAUCAAUGAAGAAAUUAUAAAAGAAAAUCAAAAUCAACCUCGCAUACGAUUUCCCAUAGAAACAAAGAUUAUUGAUGACGAUUUUUUUGGAUUGAUCGCGACAUGGAUCGACAAAAAAGAUCCAAUGAAAGUUCGAUACACUGAUUCUAACAUGCCUUUCCAAUUUACGCCCUUAUUUCGCAUGAACGAUAAUACAACUUUUUAUGAUGAACAUAAAAAAUAUUAUAAUCAAUCAACGGAUAGUUUAUUACCAACAAUGAAAUGUCACCACGGACCUUCAUUGAUGAUAAUGAAACUUAAAAACUCGGGAAAAAUAAUUGGAGCCUAUAAUCCCAUCAAUUGGAAAAAAUCUUUUGAACUUUGUGAUUAUGAAUCCACAACAGAAAGCUUUAUCUUUUCAAGCGAAGAUAUACAUGGUACAAAUCAUCGAUUGAGCCGAGUUACACGAUAUCAUCGAGCAAUUUGGGCGGAAAAGUUAUACUCUAAUACUUUUUCAAAAUCCGAUGUACCCAACGGUGUGAUGCUAAAGUUUGGUGGUUUGAGAUUUGUUUAUCACGACAGAUCUGAUACUGUCUUAUGUAGAAUUAGUCAAAACGAAGAUUAUGAGCAACCAGCCAUAACAUCGGUAGGCGAUUACAAGAUUCAAGAAUGGGAAAUUUUUAGAGUCACUAGAUUCGAUAAUCAAAUUCCAUCUCGCAUUGAUUCACCCAUUACUCAAAUAUUAAUUGAUGACGAAUUUGUAGCAUUAAUUUCGUCAUGGAUUGAUGAUAUAGAUAUGGAAGAUCCAUAUACUGAAUUUGACAUGCCAUUUCAGUUUAAACUUUUAUUUCGCAUGAACGAACGUACAAUUUCUCACGAUAAAUAUUAUAAUCAAUCAGCAUACAAAAUGUUACCAACGAUGAAAUGUCACCAUGGGGCUUCACUAAUGAUAAUGAGGAUUAAAGGUACUGGGCAAAUAAUUGGUGCCUAUAAUCCUAUCAAUUGGAAGAAAGAAUUACCAAAUUGUAAGAAUCAAUAUGUUUACACAUCAGAAAGUUUUAUUUUCUCAAGUAAAGAUGUAUAUGGAACAGAUCCUCAAUUAAGAAGAGUUAAAGAUUCUGAUAAAGCGAUUUCUCAAGUAAAUGUAUAUCCCAGCGGCAUUCUUUUGAAAUUUGGUGAGGAUUUAAGCUUUGUUUAUGAUCAUGGAAAUUUACAUAUCGAAGAACCAGAUUAUGGAGAUGAAAACUAUGCUAGAUUUCCUAAUGUUAUGUGUGACGUCAAGGAAAAUGGAUUUUAUGAACAACCAACUAUACUUCCUGAAGGUAGAUAUGUGAUUGAUCAAUGGGAAGUAUUCAGAGUUAUUAGAACUGAGGACUCAUAUUAG